AUGCCACCAAAGUUGAAAGCUACAAGGAAAUCAGUAUCGUUUCAGCAUUUGAGCGAUGAAGAUAUUUCGAAAUCGCAGUAUAUAUUGAAGACUGAGUUUCCACGAAUUGAAACAUCAACAUUAACAAUACCAUUUCAUUCAGCCUUAUUGAUUUUUGGAUUAUAUAAGUUUGGAUUAACAAAUGAUAUUUACGGGGUAAUGUUGAAAGGUAUUUUCAGCUUGAUUCCUUUGCAAUUACUUUACGGAUAUUUAAUAACUACAAGAUCGGAGAAAGAAAAGAAAACUAAAAGUCAUAACAAUUCAGAGAAUGUACCAUUAUUAUUAGCAGGAGGAAUUGUUAUUUCUCUAGUUUUAUCCGUUCCUCUAUUCGUUGCACUAAUAUUACUUGGAGCUCCCUUAGCUAGCCAUUUGAAGGAAACGUACCUAUUGUCAAUUCACUUGUCAUUAUUGAUAUUUUAUCCUCUGCUAGUUUUGUACAAGUAUGAUUAUAAACUGCUAGUCAAAUUCCUCGAUGCCGAUGGUGUGUAUAAUGCUAUAGCCAAAAAUCAGAUAUUACUAAGUGCUGUUUUGGCUGUGAUCGGUACGUGGUUCGGAGUUAUUCCGAUUCCGUUAGAUUGGGACAGGGAUUGGCAACAGUGGCCAAUUACCUUAUUAACAGGAGCAUAUAUAGGUUCCUUUGUCGGAGGAAUAGCAUGUUUCUUAUUUCAAUAA